AUUUUUCGCAAAGUUGCCUAUCAACUGGUCAACGUGGAGAAACAGCCACCCAUAAUCGUUGGUGUCGAUAAUUUGAACUCCUACGUGGGGCAUCCCGUGUGGAUCACCGACCGUCUGUACGAAUCCGAGACCCCACCAGGUGUUGUCAUGGGUCUAGCAUGGACUUCCAUGGGUGGGUCUGUUCUGUACAUCGAGUGUACCAACAAGGUGCCGUUCAGCGAUGUACCUGCGCAAAGCGAACGAAAAACCGACGACGCUUCGUCUGAUUCCGACGUGGAUGAGCCCAAGCUACCAAAG